AUGGCUGAGUUACCGAUUGUUGGCGCUGCUUUUCACAAUCUGUUGCAAGAGGCACAGCGUGAUCGUGCCGAUCAGGUGAAAGUGCGUGCAGCAAAGCAGAUUAUCCAAACUUCUUUCGGUGUCGUCCUGAGUGGCGUCACCGAGGAGGAUGUGGAUAAAGUCGAGAAACUGUGCAUGAGUGGAUCGCUGCAUGAGCGUCGUUUGCCUGCUGAUGGUGACGAUAUUCACAACUUUCUGGUCAAGGAUGUUUGCACUGUCAUCAUUCUAAGCGGAUACUUACCGCCGAUUCCGGCGGAUCCCGAAGUCCCUGGAGAUUUAG